AUGGGAGUUUUCAAGAAUUUGACGCUUCUUGUUUGGUGUGUGUUGAUACAGCAAUGUAAAGAGAUCUCAGCCGCAACUUGGAGCAUGCCUGUCCAAGUCAAAGGCUAUGCUUCCUAUCUCGAUGUUGCUCCUAUCAAGUAUGACAUCCUGCCUGGAACAUCCCAAGUCACAUUUGAUUUCCUGACCGGGAAAAGCAGCUCAUCAUGUGCAACAAAAACAAUGCAUAUACUAGUCCAGCAUGCCAGCCUUCCACAUGUCAUACAGACAAAUUUAACCUUUCCGGAUAAUUUUCUGGUGGAGGAGCCAGCUUUUAAAUUUUCUGUUGACAAACAGCAGCAUGUUCCGGUUAUAUUUCUGUGGCCAGCGCCUGGUCAGUGGUUUGUGAUAGCGUACACAGAGAAAGAGGAUAAAGCAAUCAAACAAAAGGGUCUAAAUGACGACAUCAACUGUGUAUAUUAUUUCUCGUCCAGUAUGCGGGAUGAGCUUAUAUUACCUAGUAUAGCCAUUGACUAUAAAGAAAACCAUGAAGUCACUAUAGGACAAGAUCCAACAUUGUUUAGAUUUGAAAUACCAACAUCAACAAUGAGCUUAAAAAUUCAGCUGCAAAAAUGUGACCCGAGCCCCUGCAGUUUAACUCUUGCAUACCUACCAUCGAACCAAUCAUUUGCCAGUAUGUGGAUAUGUAAUGGAUCAGCUGAAGAUUGCAGCCUGGAAGUUGCUUCCCCUGGGCUUAUGUAUGUGCAGUUUCUGCAAAUCAUAAAUGAGGCUGUGAAUGGGAGCCAGAGGGUCACCUUCUCAAUUUCAACCACAGAGUGCUCAAACAAACCAGGAGGAGGAGAUUGUCUGUACAUGCCACAGUUUGACAGAAUCGAGCCAGCACGGCCACUGUCUACAGUCUUCGGAUAUGUGGAUAUUGGAGAGAAAAUGACAACUGUUGACCUGCAUCUUGCUCGCUACAUUGUCAUUCCAUUUGAAAUCUUGUACCCCAGCGACAUAGGAGGAACUCUGGGCUGGAAGAUUGAGGGUGUCAACUUUUCAUAUGACCGUAUAAUGAUAGUAAAGGUUUGUGGAACAUUGUAUCACAACUACCUGCCACACAUCACCAGUGACUUUGAUCUGUGCAGCAACAUGUCUUAUGGCAUUAGCCAGAUCUUUAGCAGGACUAGUAAAGAUCAACCCAGCCUGUAUGUCCCAUACCCCAAGGUUGGAGUCUGGCAUGUGGUGCUUCAGGGAACUUGCUAUAACAGCAGCAGGCUGGAUAUCUCUGAGGUGCCAUGUCCUGAGAACACGUUUGUAACCAUGGCUCUAAACAUACAAUCUUGCUGGAAUAAUGGCUGCACCAACAGAGGAACUUGCAUGUCAGGAUAUGCCACAUCAGACCUCAUCUUCUAUGCUGCUUGUCGCUGUGAUGCUGGUUACCAAGGCUAUGCUUGUACAGAUGAUACAAAUGCCCAGUCUGUGUCAGUACAGCUGGCUGCAGCCUGUCUGUUAACAAUGUCCAAUUUGUUCUUUGUUCCGGCUAUCAUCAUUGCCAUCAGAAGGCGGUACUUUGUUGAGGCUUUUGUUUACUCCUUCAACAUGUUCUUCUCCACGUUUUAUCAUGCUUGUGACGGCUCAAGACUGAACCGCUACCGUUUGUGCAUCAUUGAAUAUGAUGUGCUACAGGUUGCUGAUUUCUUUGGCUCUGCGUGUUCUUUGUGGAUGACCCUUGUUGCAAUGGCACGGAUCAGGUCCUGUUGUUCAUAUAUCUGCAGAUAUAAAUAUGUGACUCCUCUACUGCACGUCAUGGGUCCAUUUGGGCUUCUUGUAGGAGUUGUCUAUGAUAGAACCAGUCUGUGGGUUAUAGCAGUUCCUAUAGGAUGUGGUCUAGUUGUCAUUGUGGCAUCAUGGGGUCAUAAAAUGUACAAAAGAAGAAAGCUUUAUCCUUCCUGGCGACGCUAUGUCUUUUACUUACUGCCUGGCCUAGUACUUGCUGCUGUUGGGGCCAGCGUUUUUUCAUUUUUGGAAACUGAAGACAACUAUAAAUACGUACACAGUGUUUGGCACAUGUGCAUAGCCUUGAGUAUAUGUCUGUUUCUCCCUCCACGUCGUAUAGGUGACU